UUUGAGAAUGUUUGGUCAGUGCAGGUUACCUGUUUUUCUAGAGAGAUCUGGCAACACGUGUAAGCAGUGAAGUUUAGCGAUUUAGCAUUAUCCUUAGUUUGAGCUGGCAAGAUGGCAUCAGUAUUAAGACACUCUACCAAAUUCAGCCCGUCUGGGUUUGUAUCACUGCUGUCUGGAAAAAGCAGUCAUGGGAGAAUCUGUGCUCUGCCAUACAUUGUAUCUAAAAACAGAUACUCCUCAUCCUCAAACAUUAAAGUGGACCUGGACAGUAGUAAUGGUGUUGCUAUAAUGCAGUUCCAAAAACCUCCUGUCAACAGUCUCAGUCUUGACUUUCUGACUGAGUUUGCUAUUCAUUUAGAAAAACUGGAGCUGGACAGAAGCUGCAGGGGUGUGAUCUUAACAUCCGCCCAGCCGAAGGUGUUUUCUGCAGGCCUAGAUAUUUUGGAAAUGUAUAAAAAGAGCCCAGAGCACUGCGCAGAAUUCUGGAAGGCCGUACAGGAGGCGUGGCUUAAGCUUUACGGGUCCACCAAGGUCACAAUCGCUGCUAUCAAUGGCUCCAGUCCUGCAGGCGGCUGUUUGUUGGCUUUGUGUUGUGACUACAGGAUCAUGGCCGAUAACCCUCGCUAUAGCAUCGGUCUCAAUGAAACACAACUUGGUAUAGUUGCACCUUUUUGGUUUAAGGACUCCAUGACAAACGUUGUGGGCCAUAGAGAAACCGAGAAGGGUCUUCAGCUGGGUUUACUGUACAGUGCCCCUGAAGCCCUGAAGAUCGGUUUGGUGGAUGAGCUUGUUCCUGAGGAUAAAGUUCUCAGCGCCGCUACUGAAAACAUGAAGAAAUGGUUGGCCAUCCCAGAUCAUGCCCGUCAGAUAAGUAAGUCCAUGAUGAGAAAACCCACAAUAGACAAACUUCUUGCAAACAGAGAAGCCGACACCGCAAACUUUGUCAGUUUCACCACCAAAGACUCCAUCCAGAAAUCUCUUGGCGUGUACAUGGAGAUGCUGAAGAAGAGGAGGUCUUGAGGACCGGAGCACGUGCCUGUUGUUGAAGUUGCCUUUGUGGAGCACAUCAGUGUCGCAUUUCUCUAUUUUAGUCAACUUUUGUCUUUUCUAGUUCAUUUUGAAGUCUUUAGUUUUAGUUCUUAAAUAUUCGAUAACACUUCAUUUUACAGUACCUUUGUUACACAUAACAGUACAUUAUGCAUAAUUACAAGCAACUUACCCUAAACCAAACUCUGUAUAUGUUAUUAAUUAAUAUUACUCAGUUUAUUGAGAUUAUUGGAUAUUGAUUAUACCAUUGAUAAUACUAUUUCCGUUUUUCUAAAAUGUUACAUUUAAUUCAGUGUGCCAUUUCUUUGUUGUUAUGAAAUUUACUUUCUGAAUAAAAAAUGUUUCAACACCA